AUCCUGUCGACGGCGCUUUUUACGAAAAUCGCCGCGCAAGUGUGUGCGUGCGUGUGUAUGUGUACAUGUAGUGUGUGUGUGUGUCCCCGCGCGCGCGCGCGCGCCUGUAAGCGAGAGAAAGAGGGAGAGAUAGGUUGAGGUUAUUACAGCGGUCGCUCUCUCUGGGUUCAGCUGGGCUCUCAGCUGAUGCACCGACCGACCGGUUCGCCGCUACCGGAGCUCGAUUCGACGCGAACGUGCGCCGUGUCACGUUCGUCGUUGUCAUCGACGAUGACGGUGUCUCGGUUAAAUCCUGGAAAACUUUAAUUUCGCGACUCGUCGUCUCCGCGCGGAUUACGUGGCCGCGUGUAAUUUGCGCGCGCGUGACACAGGAAGAUGAUUCGGUUUACCCCGAUCGCACGUCGUCGAUCGACGACGACGACGACGACGACGACGACGACCCCGACAUACUCGGGUAUAUUGAAGCCACGGCACAGGGGAUCGCGGGAGCGGGAGGGGGGGGGGAGGAGGAGGAGGAGGAGAUGGCGAUGGCUCGGUUGAACUAGCUAGGGUUAGCGCUAACCGAGGUCGGUGGAAUCGAACGCUCUCGCAUCCUCCGAUGAGUCGACUUGUCAGGCUGACGUGACAGCUAGUUCUCGUUGUUUCGUUCUCUCGCAUUCGAUGCGUCCGACGAAAACUCUUCGCGAGAGAGCGUUGUGUCAUUUUUCGCAGUUGCUUAUGGAAGUUUCCAUCGUGUCCGUCGUUCCUUUGUUCUCGAAAGCCGUCGUCGUCGUCGCCCUAAAAGUCCGUUCGCACGUCUGUUUUCUCAAUGAUUUAAAAUCCCAAAACGCACCUUUGCGGCAGUUAAUAUUGUCUACUAGGGUGAUUAUUAUGAAUAGUUGUAAUAUAUCAGUUCCGUUGUAAUUUUCUGUGCGGUUAUCACGAGAUUCUUGCGAACAAGGGCCUUUAAUUUCCAACGUUAAUGUCCGAAGCUCACGUUUUAAUUGUGAAAACACUGAAAACAGCUGUUUUGGUAACAGCUACCAAAAUGUUAACUGAAAUAUUGCCAAAUAAAUAUUCGAUUAAUACAACAAAAAAAAUAAUUUUUUAAUCGUUUAGUGAAUAUUGCAAAAUAAUUUUUUAUUACAUUAUUUUCCAGAGAAAUCCUGAAAUUUAUAUUUAUCCUCGAAAAUUUUUCUAAAUAUUCCAGCAUAAAAUGUUUUAUUUCCGUUUCACGGCAUUAAUGUUGUCUCUCGUUGAUAGUUGAGAUUUUAAUAUAAAAUAUAUAACUCUCGCGAAAUAGCUGCUGUGCUGUCAUCUCGAGCGUGCAUCUUUUGCGCUUCUAUUAAGAACGGGAAUGACUCUCUUCGUCCUCUUAUACGGAUACGUGAUACUUUGUACAUCGGCGAUUUCACCUCGCGAGAUUCUCUCGUCGAUUCCCAGCGUUGACCUCGACGACAUGUACCGUCGACGUCUCGGUACUACGGUAACCGAGUUGAUAUCUUUCGUGACGGACAAUCGCGGGAAAAUUAGCAUCUCUUUGAUCAUCUCGGAAAAGGAAAUUGCCUCUCCCACGUAUUUAUUAAGGCGAAAUCUUUAUUCAAACGUAUAUUUUAAGGCAGCAGCAGCAGCAGCACUUCUCAUGAUCAAACGAGAUGAACGAAAUGUGUGUGUGUGUGUGUGAGUUUAUGUAUUAUUUUAUUAGAAUUUUAUGACGACUAAUAAUAUAGUGGUACAAACGCUGUAUUAUUAGAGCAAUCGCUACUUAUAAACCGGUUAUUAUUUUCUACGCGGAAAGAAUGGUUUUACCGAAGUAUCUAGAAAUUUAGCUAGAUACAGAUCUGAGAAUAAUUUUGCUCGACUAUCGAAAUAAUUAUAUAGGACGUUUAAGUUGUUAGAAUGUCAAAACUUUUUGCAGCGUUAUCAUCAUGCUUAAGUGCUCCCACACAAUUAUACUUUGAUGAUCUAACAAAGUUGUUUUUCGACUCGUAUCUAUAGCUAUAAAUAUUGAAAUACUUGUGUAAAAAUAUUGUUUUUUUUUUCCGUACGCAGGCGAAAUAUUCACCUAUUCGAGUAAACUUAUAGGAGAUCGGUGAUCUUGCAAGAUAUAUAAAUUAUCGAAAAUCUAAAGAUGCAUAGUUCCGUUUUGAAGAUGAAAUUUCUCUCUUGAGAAGAUACUUCAUUAGGUAACGCGCUUAAACUACAUGAACGGCACGCAUAAUUGCACAAGCGGGAGCGCCCAUUCAUCAUUCGCGUAAUUUCGAACAAGAGGCGAGUCGAAUUUAAGUCUCGCGAAGCGGUAGAGUAUAACCGUGUUGACGUGACAAUAAAAAAAAAAUAUAUAUAUAUUUGUCGUUGUACGGAUAGCGCGCUUCUAAUCAUGAAAUCUCAUUAUGAAUUUCUCGCCUGAGAAUAAGAGAAAAUAAUUCGCCGAGGACCGAAAGUAAUCUCGUGUAAUGUCGUUCAUUCUGAAGUGGCUCUCGUCUUUAUGCCACUCUUGAGAGGCAUUGCCGAGAACGAUGCCAUACAUUGCGCGAAUUUAAUUCUGGAUCCUUAUUGUAAGAUUUAAUUAUGCAGGCUGCGUUCCGCGUCGCUGCUACAUAAACUGUUCAAAUCAUAAUGAGAUGUUUCGCGCGAAGCUGUAAGAAGCACGACGGAAACAGCCGUAUCGCGAAGCCGUACUCUUCGUUCAAUUUUUCCGAUACUUGAUAGAAGACUCGCGAAUUCAGAUAAUUGAUAUAUUAAUAAGGAUGUACCGUGAACAUCGGCGAGUCACCUCGGCGUGAGUUUUAGAAAGUGACGAGCAAUUACGUAAGCGGAGUUGUUUUUUUUCUCUUUUCGUUGUUUACGAUGUUAUAUUUAUAGUUUCAUAAAAACACGUUUCAUAAUUCGCGGUGUGAAUUUACGCAGAGGUCACCUUUUGGAUGAAUUACGCAACAUCGUUCGCGGUUGUGCGUGCAAUGUAUGUGUUCGUGCGUGUGCACGUGAUUCAAGCACGCGCGGUCGCGAAAGCGCGAACAUCUUUCCCUCGCGGAAGGACCUAAAGGAAAAAAAAAAGGGGGCGUUGGGAUUCGGAGACGGAUAGGGCAAGGAAGAGGGACAACGCUGUGGCAUCGGCGGACCGUUAUCGCUCGCGAAUCGACUCGCUUUUCCGUGAAGCAUCGCGCCACCGCGCGCUGCAACGUCGAGGUCACCGCGCCCGGUUGCAGCUGAGCUUCCAGCUGACGAGCGGAGGCUGCGACCGGUUCGCCAUGCUCGUAUCCUCCCCUCCACUCCGUAUCUCUCGCUCUCUUUCUCUCUCCCUCUCUCCCGCGUUCUUCCUUUUCUAUCAGCCAGCUCCUCCUUUUUCCCUUUAAAUCGCCUUUCACGUGUUCUCCGCGCGACUCUCUCCCUCUUCCUCCUCCUCCUCCUCCUCCUCCUCCUCUUCGCUUGCUCUUCUGCCGCCUCUCUUCCUCCUCGUCCUCCCUCGCUCGCUCGUUCGCUCGUCCCUCUUUCCCUCCUCGCAAAAGUUCGCAUUGUUCGUCGCGCGCGCACCGCCGGGAACGACCGACUUCGUUGAACCAGUUCCGAACCGUUUCGUUCGCGCGUCUCUUCGGCACGUUCCGCGUGACGGCGAACGCGCGCCGUCUCGAAUGACGCGAGGGAAAAGAGUGCACGUUAAUUUGGGGUGCAAGGAGGCAAGAGGGAGGCGCGAGGGCACAACACACGUGCCUGAGAUCGCGAGAGAGUCGCUUCCGGGUUAUCAUCAUCCCCGAAUGAAAUGCCGAAAUUGAAUGAGGGAGUGCCUCAUGGACUAAAGUAACGUCCUUGGAAGGAACGCGAGUGUGCGAGUAGACUGCGGGUAUCAUCAUACGGGAAGUUUCGCGAGAAAUUUCGAGGGUGAAAUAACGCGCGCGACGACGAUGUGAAGGAAAAUGUGAUUCGGUCGGUGAUUGCGUUGACACGGAAGAAAACGAGAGAGGUACGGACUGUAUAUAAUAGCAACUAUAAUAGUGAGUAUAAAAGUAAAGAAGAAGAAGAAGAAGAAGAGACGGAGAGAGAAGGAAGAACGAGCACUGCAUAAGAGGUACAAAAGUAGAGGAAAGAAGAGGAGAGACGCGUGUAAGCGAUCGAUCGCAUCCGAUCAGGCUGAAACGUUCUCGUCGGUCGAUCGUUUUCUCCGUGCAAGCGUCGACGAUUACUUUCGCCGUUUCGUGGGAGAAUUGUUCGACGGCCUCGCAAAAUAGUCGAAAGUGCCCAGUUCUUUCCCUGCGAAAAGAGACAAGGGCCGAGAGAGGUGCAGAUCUCCCGCCGGUCCAUUGCUGCACUGUUUAUCCUGAGAAUCGAGCCGAGCGUCCGAGCGCCUCGAUACUCCGUGCGAUUGCUUUCGAAGGAACGAAAAAGGGAUUCCACAAGGAUCGGACGGAAGGAAAACAACGUAUACGAGACGAUACGGGAAAGGGGAGAUGUACCGAGAGCCGAGCAGUUCAUCGGGCAGCGGUGCCUCUACCAAGGGCGACGAAGUCGAGCUCGUCAGUAGAUUCCUGGCGCCGCUCUGUGCCAGAGACGAAGCGGCCAGGAAUAUCGCCUUGGCCGCUGCCAGGACCACUGUCGAAGGAUGGCUGGGUGGUGUCGGCAGUCCAAAUCGCUGGGAGGACGCCGGCGACAUCGAGGACGUCAAGGGCGCGAGUGGCAAGUUCCACAGUCAGGACGGAAGAUACGAUAUGAGCGUGGAACGAUCGCCGACGAGAUCAUCGCCGAAGAGUGUGCACCAGCAGCAGCUAUCGCACGACACGUUCCGGACGGAGGGCUUUUUUCCGCAGAGCAUCAACGACAACCCGCCUCCAUUUCUCGAGGAAAACAAUCCGGAAUGCUCGUACGACUGCGUGGACGGUCGUCUUUUAAACGAGAGGCGACUUCGCGAGCGAUACACCAGCGGCGACGGCGUCGAGAGCUGCAGGUCCGGCCACUCGACGUCUUCGGACGAGGGUAGCAAGAGUUUCAACGUCGAGGGCAGGUGCCCGCGAUUCGGCUCGAGCAGCGAGACCGAGAGGAAGCAGCACCCUGGCUCAUCAUCGAGCGACAGAUCGACAAGUGACGACUAUUGCCCCGGCAGAGCGAAGAACAAUUACGUGAAGGUGAAGGCCAAGCAGAAGCAGCUGGAAGACGACGAGCUUGACGCGGACACCCGGGUGUAUGGCAAGAGUCCGAAAUUCGAUGACAAUCUGAGCGGCCUCGCGUCAUUCGACUGUCGGAAUCUGAACCGUCGAGCCAAGAUCGCCGCCGGCGGCGACCUGCUAACGCACGAGCAGCGCCGAUACUACGACGGCGGCGCCGAUGACGACGUUUCCUUUAACGAGAGCGAAGCAGCGCGCAGCGACGGGGUCGUCUUUAACACUCUCGACGGCUUCGAAAACGAGAACGAGCCUUCCUGCCAUCAGGACAUGAACCUGGAGAACUGCGAGACGGCCUGCGAGGAUGUACCGGAGAAUUCUCGUCGCGCACAGCAGGACUAUCUGCGCAAGAACGACGAGAGGAAGUUUAGCGCCGGUCAGAUCAAGAGGCCGCUCUCGCAGGACGAGGACGUGUCUUCGAAGAGCGGCCGAGUGCUCGAGAGCCCGGAAGUGACGCCUGGCGAUGUUGGCAGGAUGCUGAAUCUUGGUAAUGCCUUGGACGGGCCCAGGCAGGCGCAGGCUAACAAGUACCUCAGUCUGGUGACGUUGCAUCUGCCGGUUAUACUCAGACUCAGCGUUAACUGUCCUUUCCAGAACGUCAGGAUCAAGUGCGCGGAAAUCCUCCAGAUGGUCAAGGAGAGAGGACUUCCAGUACCAGUACCGGCUUUCGAUGGACCUAGUGCCUUCGUCCCUCUCUCGGAGCUGCCGGAUCUGAACAAUCUCGACGAAAAGACGCAUGUCCUGUUGAUGGAUGCUUUCCUACAGAACAACAGGCUGGAUCAUGUUUCGAGGGUAAUGUCCUCGCAUCCAACGUAUCUGGAACAUUUCCUGCGGACCCAACAUUUCAUCCUUCGGGGCGAUGGUCCACUUCCUUAUGACUAUAGACAUCUCAUUGCCAUUAUGGCUGCGGGUAGGCACCAAUGUAGCUACCUUAUAAACCUGCAGAAGGGAGAGUUCCUUCUCCAGGGCGGUGACCCCUCAUGGCUCCAAGGCCUGAGAUCGAUUCCGGGGAAACUGCAAGAUCUCUAUGAGAUCAACAAGAUCCUGGCCCAUAGACCGUGGCUCCUGAAUAAGUCGCACAUAGAGAAAUUGACUAAGGGCGUUGAUAAUUGGUCCUUAGCGGAGGUCGUUCAUGCGAUAGUCCUAUUAGCUCAUUUCCACUCGUUAUCGUCUUUCGUAUUUUCUUGCGGAAUUAACGAGGAAUUGGAUAACGUAACUGGCCAUCACUACAAGAAGAAUAUCCAGGACAAUAGUGGUAACAUACCGCCUGCCAAAGAUAAGCUCACGAGCAGCCCUAAAAAGAUCCCCCACGGAGACGGCAAGACUGAAAAUAUACCGUCGCCGCCGUCGUCGCCGAGUAUAGUCGGCGAGCAGGAGGUCGGAGUGGAGACCCUGAUGGAACGUAUGAAGCGUCUCUCGGAAAAGUCCGAGUCUUAUCAGAUCACGCAGGAGGAGCUCUCCAAGAGAUUUGAAACUGUCGAGACGCAGUCCGCCGAACUGGCUGCGGCGCCGCAGAGAAGCAGCUCGGUUCUCGACUCCGACAUCGGUCUAUUCAUCGAGGAUCCCACUUUCAUUUACCAAGAUUUCGCCAAGCGCGGUCAGCUGAACGACAUACCGACCUUUCGCGUCCAGGACUAUUCCUGGGAUGAUCACGGUUACUCUUUAGUGAAUCGCCUAUACAAUGACGUCGGUAAUCUCCUCGAUGACAAAUUCAAGACCGCGUACAAUUUGACGUAUUAUACAAUGGGCACGCACAACAAGGUCGACACAUCGCGCUUCAGACGGGCGAUCUGGAACUAUAUACAAUGUAUGUUCGGCAUCAGGCACGAUGAUUACGAUUACAAUGAGGUGAAUCAAUUGCUCGAGCGUAGCCUGAAAACCUUCAUCAAAAGCGCCGUUUGCUAUCCGGAGCGCGUCACAAAAAGGGAUUACGAUCGUGUCAUGAGGGAAUUCAAACACAGUGAAAAGGUCCACGUGAACCUGAUGAUUUUAGAGGCUCGCAUGCAAGCAGAAUUGCUGUAUGCCCUUCGUGCAGUGAUGCGGUAUAUGACCUAAAGCGAAGUUCCGCGUUGCUCCCUCGUUUGUCUGCUGUCUGUCAGUCUGCAGUUUGUCGUCGAUUUGUUUUCUCGCGUCGCGCUCCGUGCCGUAGAUUCGCCGACUUUGCGCGCACGGCAUGGACGGAACAUGCGAGCGCGAUAUCAUCGAGUCUUCUACAGAACAUCACAUACAUACUUGCACGCGCGCUAUCAUAAGGCCGCUUCAUCGUCGACUCGUGAAUCGUGACGAGAUAGCGAGCAAUCGCGGUUCUUCAGCGAGUGCUGAAAAAGGCGAUAGAGGAAGAGCAAGAAAAAGAAAAGAAGUUGCUGAUUGCGGAGGGAAAACAAGAACGUAAUAUUUGGCCAUUCAGCUGCGCUCUUGGCGCGAUUUUUCAUCCGAUGGCGCUUUAAUGACGAGAUCAAUGCGUCUUUGUUCCUCGAGCGGUUCACGAACACGUCGAUUAUAUGUUCCACAGUUCCGUUUAUUCGCGCAAUAAAAUAUAAGUUCUUAACGAAUGGAGUGCUUUUACAUUGUGCGUGUUCGGAAGGAGAUCCGUGAAAGGAAGAGAUCAUAAAAAUGGAGGUAGAGAUUGUGUGCGUACAGACAGGGAGACAUGACAAGAAGAGGAAAGAUUUAUAAUUUGUUUUGUACAUAGACACUUGUAUUUUUCUACGUUCGACAUCGUAGCAGACUGUUAUUUGUGCGUUUCGUUUAUGUUUCAGAUCUGUUUAAAAAAAGUUUGCUCUCGCCUGUUAGAAGCUUUCGAGUUGCGCUUUUAACUCUAUACAUACACACAUGUACACAUACACACAAACAUAUACGUGCGUACACUCUUCUUAUUUGCGUUUGCAAUUUUGAUCUUAUGCGCGAUUCACCGAAAACGCAUCAUCGCAACAGUACACUCGUAUCAUCAAGCAAGUAAAAAAAAGUUCUUGUAGCUCCGCGCGACAUUUUUGUUUCUCCCUUUAUGCCGGAUGGCUUGCUGAGAAGUGAAAAAUUAAUCGUAAGGCUAAAUUAAGAAAUCUAUUAACUCUAAUUCCGCGAUCUUGUCCGGAUUAUCUUUGCCUCGAAUUCAAUUUGACUCGACUUCUUUGAGUUCUCGUUCUUGUGGUGCGCGCCACGCGUCUCGGUUAUCGAAACUUCGAGCCGAAGGAUCAUCUUUCGCGCUCUGUGUAUAUGUAUUUGAAUGUAAUGCGUUUUUUUAAUUUUUUCAUUUCGACGAUCCCUAUCUCGUGAAAGCUAACAUAAAAUGGUACUUUAUUUACUACCAUUCAUUAUAUGCGUGUAUCGAGCAAACAUUAGACUAUAGUAGCGAUCCACGGCUUCGUGCACGUGUAUAGUCAUGUCAUAACGUUACGAUGACGCGUGCACGCGACCGCAGAGAGAAGCAAUGCCUAUCGGCUGUGUUUAUUUAUCGAGGGAUGAUGCGCUGCUAUCGUAUAGCCGAAAGGCGUCGCAAGCUCGCUUUGACCCAUGCACCACUAAGUCUAGGCUGCUAAUCUUGAGAUUAACAAUGAGAAGUCGUGUUUCCGUCAAGCUCUACUCGAGAGGGAGAUUUGUUUGGUGUGUCAAAAGAAAAAAGACCGUUGUAUCCGCUGCGAUCACUUUUACAGAUGAAAAAGGAGAAAAGAAGUGUAGCUUGGAGAACGUGGUUCAGGACUAUCCGAGUUUUGCGUGCGCCACUGAUAGAAUUUGAUCGAUUCCACGAGAACACCAAUUUCUCGACGCCCGAUAUUACGCGCGCGCGUGAGGGCGCUUAUCAACGAAUUUCAAUGCCUUCGGCGUAGCGUUCUAAUAAAACACUAUAUCGAAAGGAAAGAAAGAGAGAAAGAGUGAGAGAGAAAGAAAGCUUGAUAAAACGACAAAAAUUGCGAUGCACGACUGACGAAGUCCCUUCUUCGGCGAUUGAUUGCGAUCGUGCGGGGACGCCGUUCGUUUGGUGGUAAAGUGUUGUAUGCGAGGAGAAUCGAGGAGAGGCUGUUUAAACAAAUCAAAUUCUUAUAAUAGAUUGUUAAGGUAAUACAGACACGCAAAACACACACACACACACACAUACACAUACGUGUGGACAUACACAUAUAUACGCGGAAAAAGAACGUGGCACAACUAUUACACGCGAAAUAUACGUGUUCUGUGAUCGCAUAUAUCUAUAUAUAUGUAUACACACAUACACAUAAAAAAGCGAAUAUAUAUAUAUGUAUAUAUAUAUAGAUACAUAUAUACGCAUAUUUACGAUUAACUCGGCGUAAGAAAGGGAGGGAGAGCGAGAGGGAGAGAGUGUUGCGCGUGGCGAGUGUGUAUUAAAAUGCGCACGUAACUGGAAGUUUGAUGAUUCUACCUGUAGUGUUUGUAAUUAGGGUGUCUCUUUAUUAUAUAACUAUGCGUGCGUAUGUGCGGCCGCGUCUCAGAUAAUCGAUUUAUUUGCACGCGUUUCAAUGACAUGAUAAUCAGUACUUUGGAAUGCGAACUUGUUUUCUGUAAACGAUCCUUUGAUCUCGAUUCAACGAUCGACUGUAAGUGGCACACAAUGAGCAAAAAUAUCCGUGGCUGAAAAUUAAAAUUGGUGCAGUUUUUAGUUAAUUAUAAUAAUUCGAGUCUUGAGAUUGCAAAAAGAAAUUUUUUAUUUAUGCAUAAAUAUAAAGUAUGUUCAAUAUGUGUCUUAUAUACAUAAUAUAUAUAUUUUUUCAAUAUACAAUAUAUACAUAUAUUGAACAUAUUUUAUACAAAAGGUUUUAUACAAAAGGUUAGAUAAAAUAGUGUUUUCAGUAAAUAAAUAAGUAAACAAAAUAUAUGCAUACACAUACACAUACGUAUAAAUUUGUAUAUAUGUAUAUAUUGAAUUUAUUCGAUACUUAUAUACAUGAAGAAUAUAUAUGUGUAUAUGAUGUGUAUACAUAUGUAUACACAAUGCAUUACAUAAUUUUUUUAUUUAAUAUGUGAUAUAAUAUAGAGCAGAAAAAUUCUCUUUUCUAUAAAAUAUUAAAAUUUUAAUGAAAUUCCACCGUUUAAACUCUUAUGAAAAUUUUUAUAAACUCUUCUACGUUUAAUUAACAAUUCCCAACUUAAUAUCUGUAUUUGCCGAGAUUUACAUCGAUUUUACCAUCGUUGACCAUACUCAUCUAGUCUACUGGUAAGCGAAUAUCGUUUCUCACUCCGGUGGCGAAUGUUUCGAUGAAGCAAAAUCGCGUUCCAAAGUACGAUUCCGCGCAUAAGCGUAAACGCACGUACGCACGCAGAAACACGCAUGGGUCGUCCGAAUGAAACGGAACCAAAAUUAAUAGUAACAGCGAGACCUUUCGACCAACAGAGCGACGCGUUUCCUUUUUCUUUAGGCGACGUCUCCACAUAUCACACCAAAAGUUUAAAAUAGAAUGAAGAAACAGUUGCGUCGCUUAUAGUUCAUUUCGUCAGAAUGGAACAGUCAAAUCGACAGAACCAAUAACUUUUUGGCGAUCGAACUUUUUCUCUCUUCGCUUUGUGUAAACGUAUCUUGCGAGUGACAACAAAGAAAGAGUAACACGGUUUUGCGACCCAAUGCGACAAACACUCGCAGUUCGUCAUGCCAAUGACAGUAUUUUCAGUUUUUUUUCUCUCUCUCUUUCUUUUUUAAAUUAUUUUAAGCUUUAUUUCGAAAACUCUCUUUAGCUUCUUCUUUCUUUCAUUUCUACUUAUAUAUCUAUUUAUCUAUUUAUCUCAUUUAUUCAAUGAUUUAUACGAGCUUGUUCGCAAUUGAUAAGCUUAGAGAACUCUGGAUAAAUCUUAUUUUUUUCGUAAGGACUCGUAUGCCGUUGUCGAAUCAUCAAAGAUUAAUAUUGAUUAUUGGAUUUUGUGGUAUAUCGUUUUUUUAAAUUAAAUUUACGACACGAAAACCCCACACAGUUGAAACCAAAGAGAUAUGUAACAAGUAUCAUUGUGAUCAUCUGAAUUUUAAUAAUGUUAUCUAAAUUAUAUAAUAUAUUAACACAAGAUUAGAAAAAAAACGUAUUCUAUUCUGCACUAAUACAUAUGUUCGAAAUAUUUUAAUCGCGGAUAUUUUAUUAUAUUUGAUCACCUUUAUGUUCGAAUAUUUGCGGAAAAUUAAAUUCUCUUCACGUAUUUAGAUAGUAAGUUUCACGAUUUUCCACAUUCAUAAUAAUUCACGUGAUUCUUUUUUUAUUAAGCGAAUACUAAUGUAGGAUUUAAUGUGCAUGUAUUUCCGGCGCAAUCCGCCAAUGAAUGAAUGUUCGUUAAUUAUCGCAAUAUCUUGUUUAAGCGUUUUAGGAUAGUUACAUCGUGAUGCUCUCAAAAACGCGAGAACACUUUUGCCGAAAAUCGUAUCGGCACAUCGAGAGCUAUGUUAACUUUCGGAUUUUAUAUGAAAUUAAUAACAAUGUGUUUUUAAUACAUUCGGUUGCGUAAAAAAAAAUGAAAUUUUACUUAAGAUCUACUCAUUUAACAUGAUCCGAAAAGAGCUACGUGUUAGGAAAUCGUAGUUCUACCUUCCUUCUGUUCUUUCUAACUUUCUUUUCCUUUUUUUCCCUUUUUUUCUUUUUAACUUCUAUUUUGUAGCUUUUUUUUUAUUUAUUUCUAUUUUUAUUUAUUCAACACUAUUAUCUAUUGUUAAUUUUAUUUUUUUAAUGACAUGCUAAUCUUGAGCUUUUAUUUUUUAAUUUCUAUCUUCUUGUUUUAUCUCUUCGCUUUCGUUAAUUUUCGUCAUUAUUCGCAGUUGUUUAUUUUACGAUCAGCGAAUCAUGAGAUGAAAAUUGAUCGUUAGGGGAGAACGUUAACGAAUACAGCAUGUUCACGAUAAUUGUAUGCGUAGAUUGAUCUCAUAAUAUAAUAAUCGCGCGCGCCAGGGAGAGGAAGAGAGAGAGAAAGAUAGUGAGAAGGAGAGGCAAAAAGAGAAAGGAGGAAUAACGCGCGAAGCUUGUAGAGAAAAAGAGAAUCGUCGUUGUAACGAGAAGGACGUUGUGUAACAAGUAUAGACGACGUCCUACUCCAUAUCUUUCUUCUUUGUUCGUUUCUCUUGAAAACCGAGAAACACGAGAGAUUCUCGUCGAAGCUGUACGUGAAUGCCAUUGCAGCGGGUGACACAUCUGGGCGAAUUAUAAUUUCGCGAUAAUUCUAAGAGGCAUGAUAGAGAGUAGAGAGAGGAAGAGAGAGAAUGGGAAGGAGCAGGUAGAGUGAGGAAGUAAGUGUGAAAGAAAUCGAGAAUUUUAUGUACGAUUAAGUGAAAGCAGAGUGCGAUCAGACAUUGAGUAAAAAAUGGGGCAUUGAGAUUUCUGAUUUUCACAUAGCGAAAUAUACAAUCGUCGCCAACAUACUCGAAAACGGGAUUUUUAUAAUUUAAAUAUUUUGAAUAUCUAAAAGAGGUAUUAGUUAUUUGCAUUGUCUGAGUUUUGAUGCUCCGUGUGUCUGGUCGUGCUUUACUUUUUCGUUUGACUUUUAUUCAUUGCUGUUUCUCUCUUGAACACGCGUGGCAGAGCGAGUCGGAAUUUUGAGUCGAGUUGAUGCCUCUGUAAGGUUUAAAGUGAGAAUCCUGGAGGUGGACGAGUGUGGAGAAAGAGAAAAAUUGUCGAAAAGAAAAGCAAGGUGAUGCGCGAGUAAAAGGAAACAUUUUGAAAAAGAUAAGGAGUAUAUAUGUAUGUACAUGUAGAAUCGGCUCUAAAUUCGUCGUUUAAUUGUCUCGAAUAAGUUUAAACUCCCAAAGAUAGAAAGAGCGAGAGCGAGAGAGAGUGAGAGAGAGAGAAGUGCACAAGUUAUGCGUAGCCGAGAAAGAACGGUCCACCUCCGAAAGUCACAAAAAGCAUAUUAAAAUAGUACAUGCCACCGUAUCGAGAAUGAUUGUGUGAUAAUUACAAGUGAUUUGACUAGACCCUUUUCCCCCAUUUUAGAUGAUCAAACAGAAUGUUAUCACGAAGGUAUUUAUUCGAAUGUAUAUCAACACCUUGGUAAUUGGAUCUAGAGCGUUGAAAAAGCGAAAGAACAUUUUUUUCUCAUUUUGUGCUCUAAGAUUUAGAUCUCGAGCUAUCGAAAAGCGACUGAAAAACACGCUUUGUAAUAGUAGUCCAUCGGUGUCAUCGACGAGGAAGAGAUUCCGGAAAAAAGAGUUAGGUCAGAAGGAAUUCCUUAUUCGCGAAGCUCGCUGUAACAUCUCGGUCAUGUUGAUUCGAUUAAGCAUCGCGGUCGUAGCCUAAUCUUAUCAUGGUCCGCCUCGCGAGCUCGCGAUCUCUUUUGAGAGAUUCAUGGAAUUUUCGUUGUUUUGUGUGUUCUCCGGCGAUAAGCGGAAGAUUGUCGGUUCCGUAUUGUAUUGGAUAUGUAAGACUCGAGCGAUCAUCGCCGCAUGCGCGGCCUGGGGGAGAGGGUCGUAUAUGAUGUGAUUUCUUUUAUAUCAUAACAAAUAAUGAACACUAAGAAAUAUUAUAGUUUCAUAUAA